CUGCAGGCGAACAGUGUUCAGCUCCGAGGAGACAGAGAGCAGCUCCUCAGAAAGCCCGAACACGUGAGGCUGUAGCUUGGAUACAGUGCUCAGCAGCUGCCUGGCUCUGGAGCUCUGGUCCUGGAGUCUCUUCAGUCCACCAUGUUUGAAGGCCUGGUGGUGAUCGGCUGGAGCGCCAAACGUGAUGACAUCAUACCACGCACCUGGAGACAGAGACGCACAGCGCUACGGCAAACAGCAACAGCACAGGGACGCACAGCAGCUCAGGAUGGAGGUGGCAGUUCUCUCUGUCUACAUCCUGAUGAACAUGUUGGAUUUUGGUCAAACACAAGCCUCGCUCACCGUCACACCUGAAAGGUCACAGUUCUUUAAGUAUGACAGUUUCUCUGUGAGCUGCUACAGCAAGGAGGAGAAGGAGGAGGAGGAGGAGGAGGAGUGGACAGUGAUGAGGAGGAUGUUGGACGGAGAGGUGGGUCCAUGUCCAUCCCCUUGCUCUGUCACUGCGGCCUUUCCAUCAACAGACAGUGGACUGUACUGGUGUCAAACUGGAACAGGAAGAAACAGCACCAGCGUCAACAUCACUGUCACCGCUAGUCCUGUGAUCCUGGACAUCCCACUGCAUCCUGUUGCCGUGGGAGAUGACGUGACGUUGCACUGCAGGUGUAAAUGCUCCACAAAGGGCACAGACUUCUCUAAAGAUGGCGUCCACAUCGCGAGCAGCCUCACAGAGAACUUGACCCUCCACAGUGUUUCCGAAUCUGAUGCUGGACUCUACAGCUGCACGGUACCUGGAGUGGGAACCUCAGCAGGAACCUGGCUGAGCGUCACAGCGCCACCUGCAGUUCAGGACCUCCUGCUGUCAGCCUCCAGCCCUCUGCGUCAUCUGAUAGUGGGAAGUCCUUUCCUGCUGUCCACCAUCUUACUGGGUCUUGUAUACAGAGACAGGAAGAGAGUGCUGCGGGCUAAUGAGGAAGGACAACGGUCCGAUGAUGUCAUCAUGCAGAUUGACAUAUAAACAGCCAGUGACAUUGUGUGUUAUAUAUGUCGUUUUUUAUUAUUAUUUGUAAAACUCUGCUAUUCUGCUGUUUUUUCCCCCCUCCAUUUUAAUCAUGCGACCAAAAUAAUUGAACAAAAGAAGACAUGAACUUGACAUUUGCUAACGCGUGAAAUAAAGUGUCGAGUGAAACCACCA